AUGCUGGUGGGGAUCCACGACCUGGAGCAGGCGGCCCGGGAGCGGGCUGGAGAGGCGGCAGCGGGGGCGGCCGACCAGAGGCCCCCACCAUCACAGGGCCAGAAGUCCCUCUACUGCACCGCCAUAGAGGCCAUCCAAGGAGAGGCACAUGGCAAGGGAGCACUGGACACUGAGGACAAGUGAGUAUUAUGCAUACUCUUUUGUUUCAGGAGCUUACAGGGCCAAUGAUUGGUUACCUUGUAUGUCCGCUACACAUCUCGAUUUGAUCAUUAGACACGUUACGUCUGCAUAUCUGAAGUAAUAGGAUAUAUAUUGUAGGCUGCUGGUAAGUUCAAAUUUAGACUAAAAGGACUUGUGUGUUAGUGUAUGAUGUAUUCUCAAUGUCCUUGCAGCAUGGGAGGUAUUCCGGCAUGCAACUCCAAGGGCAAGAGGAUGCUGUUGUACAUUGGCAUAAUCGACAUUCUGCAGUCCUACAGGUAACUACUGCUCUCAUUAUACGUAGUGGUAUAUAAAUAGUUUUGUCUGUAUUUGUGUGUCUGUCUGAAGUAUGUGUGAAACUAUGAAUACAUUAGGCAGUCCCUCCAGGAUUUUGCAAUUCUGCGAUCGCAAGAUUUUUAGCAAAAUCUACAAUUCUCCGCAUUUGAUGCAAGGACUUGCAAAUUUGACAACACUGCACUAUUACCGAAUAAAACCAUCAAAUCAUAUAACUGUCUGAUCACCACACUACAAAGAGGACUCGCAGUUAACCAAUAGCCACACUUUUACAGCAUAAAAUGUUUCAAUCAAACGACACAAAUGUUUUCCCCCGUCAGCCCAUUUGUGACAAAUUGGACAAUCAUUGCAAAUUGCCAAGCUAAAUAUCAGAAUUGCCUCUGCAAAAUGAAGAAUUUUGGCCCACAACUAUCACCAAAACACGCUGUAGAAUCCUGGAUGAACUGAUUAGGUCUGUAGCAUGGUUGGGGUCAAUUCAGGAAGUAAACUGAAAUUCCAUUUCCAGUUCUCUUCAAUGUUUUUCAAUUAGGAAAAAUUGGAAUUUGGUUUCACUUCCUGAAUUGACUGGAAUUAAAAUGUAAGUGACUCCAACCCUGGUCUGUUGUAAGCAACCGAAGUCUUGUGUUUGUGGUCAGGUUUGUGAAGAAGAUAGAGCAUUCCUGGAAAGCUCUGGUCCAUGACGGGGUAAGAGUUCAGACAGACUAUCCUCUGUGGUGACCUUUUUCAUAAGCUGUCUGGUAUUAGUGCUACUAUUUUAACCCCUCUUUCUUCUAGGAUACAGUGUCAGUGCACAGACCAGGUUUCUACGCAGACCGCUUUCAGAAAUUCAUGUGCAAUACAGUCUUCAAGAAGAUUCCAUGUAAGCACUUGAGUGUUACUCUACAAAACCUCUCUCUCCACACUAUGGCCGCGUUCCGAUUCUCUACCCUUCUCCAGAAGUGUGCACUCCCUGUCAUGUAUUGAAAAGGAAUGGACUAUUGUGAGGAAUACGGUGGAAACUCCUUCCAGCCAUGCUUGCACCAAUACAAUGCUUUUAAAUGCAUAAUGGGGCGUGAACGAGUGCACACUUCUUGAGAAGGGUAGAGAAUCGGAACGCAGCCAGAGUAGCAGUCCUCUCACCACCCCUUCCUCUCCUCCAGUGAAGACAUCCCCAUUAAAGAAGAGCCGCGUGGGGACCCAGGGAGUUUUACGGAGGGCCAACACUGCAGGCUCCAGACCCUCUCCAUUCCCCCAGCCCAGCAGUAGCCGCAGCCUAGGAGUCCCACACUCCCAAAGUACCGAGACUGAGGGAGUCAGCAGUGAGCAAUGGGAGGAGGAAGGGAGGGAGGGUUUAGGAAAGGGAGGGGAAUUUUGGAAGAAAUGUAAUGUGGAUGACAUUGGUGAUUGAUUUGUUAUUAAGGAUAUAGUUGUCAUUGGAAGUUACAGUUAAGAGCACAUCCCAGGGCUUGACGCCUUUUACUAAUGAUUUAUCCCCCCCCCCAGUAGUGCAGUCAGGACGCCCUGACAUACUCCCAAAGACCCCCACACACGAUGUUGUCACCAGUAACUCUGGUGAAACAACCCUCUUCAACUCCUUGUUGGGAAGCUUGGCACUCUCUACCACAGCUCCCUCCAUCAGGUGUGUGUGUCUUUCGCCAAGCUGUCCUGUUAUGCUGUUGUAUUGAGUCAUUUCCCAUGGUCUCAUCACUACAUCACUUCUGUGUCAUGUUUAUAUGGUUGAAUCAUGCUUUUAUUAAUCUGUUCUCAAAGGUCUGUGGGAGAGGAGGUGCAUGAGGCAGCCAGCACAGAGCAGGACGCUAGCACCCCCAAAAGGUAAGGAAGGGAAAUGCAUUCUCCCAGACCUUUCCACUAUAAGGUAUAUGCUCUACACACACACAAACAAAUUCUAUCUUGUCCUCAGUUUUGAAGCAGUGACAUCAGUGUCGUCAGUUGACGAGCGUAUCGGUGGAGAUGACGUAAUCUCACUCAGUGACAUAGUUCCUCAGACAAGCAGCUGUUAU